AUGGUGAAGCAAGACCAAUACUCUUUGCCCCUCGCACCCAUCUACCAGGAGACUGAGAACUCGCACCCAGCAGCACCGAGCAUGAUGACUCUGGCGCACGUUCACCAGGACAGGAGCACCGACCCUACUCGCCAUGACACCUCCGCCGGAUCAGCAUACUUCUCCCUGCCAAUCAGCGAAGGCAGCGACCUGGCUCAAUCGGUUCUCUGGGCUUGGAUCAAGGUGGCCAACAGACAGAUCACAGAGCUAGAGCUAUAA